GACUACCACUAUGUGUGUAAAUCAUCAGGGCUUCAAAAAAUAUCAAAAAUAUCAAUUCGAAUCGAAUAAAUUAAUUCUGGUGUGCUUAAGCGUUUAUUUCUAAUAAAAUGCAUAGAGGAAAUAAGUCGCAAGCCCGUUCGGGAAAAAGUUCCCGCCCGCCAGGACUGAGUGGCAGGGAGAUUGGCAUGUACUACAAAAAUCUUGCCCGACAACGUAAAAACUCAGACACCAAAAAUGAGCCGAAAAUUAAGUUGAGCUGCGAUGUUACUGUGCCUCCUGGUGUUAUUAUGCGAGUCAAUGAAUACAUGGAUCAGUUUAAGCUGGCAAGAGAAGCUGGACAGAAGCAUUUUGAUGAGAAUUUCCAACAGCAGUUUCGCCAUAUGUUAAAUGUAAACUUUGAGGCGUUCAUAGAAGAGACCAAAAAGCAAAAUAAAGAUUUGAAUCUGCAAAACCGAAGCCUAGAUGCCCAUCUUCAGGAUAAACAAAAGGAACGUCUUCAAAAUGCAGACUUUCGAGCGCGCUUCGAAGACCGUCUGAAAUUACCCACAAUGCGUCAUGCAACAGAUGUUAUCGACGCUGUGGACAAAAAUCAAGUUGUAUUAAUUGUUGGUAGCACCGGCUGUGGUAAGACUACGCAGGUGCCGCAACUACUGUUAGACGAUUGCAUAGAAAAAGGAAUAGGAACCACCUGCCGCAUCGUGUGCACACAGCCUCGUCGAAUCUCGGCCAUAACAGUGGCCGAGCGCGUUAGCUAUGAGCGUGCUGAACCAUUAGGGCAUUCUGUGGGCUAUCAGAUUCGUCUGGAAAGUCGAAAGCCUCGUGAGCGUGCCUCAAUAACGUACUGCACCACAGGAGUUCUCUUGCAGCAGCUACAAUCAGACCCGUUGCUGCACAACGUGAGCGUUCUUCUGCUGGACGAGAUACACGAGCGCAGCAUUGAGACAGAUAUGCUAAUGGCAUUGCUCAAGAUUAUACUGCCACAUCGGCCCUCCUUAAAAGUCAUAUUAAUGAGUGCGACGGUGCGGGAAGAGGAUUUCUGUAACUAUUUUAACAGAUGCCCAAUGUUACGCAUAGAAGGUGUGAUGCAUCCUGUCGAAGUUCUCUAUCUGGAGGAUGUGCUCGCCAUGACAGGCUAUCAGUUUGACUGUGGGAACAAUAAACGGUCCCAACCCCGGCUGGAUCAGUCGGAACACAGAAACAUGAUUGAGCCAUACAUACGGCAGGUGCGCAGCAGGUACGAUAACAAUGUCCUUGAGCAGCUUCGAGUACCCCAUUCCGAGGGCUGCGAGGAUAUCGAUUUUAUUGCGAAUCUCAUAUAUUAUAUAUGUAACAAAAAAUCAGAUGGUGCCAUAUUGGUCUUCAUGCCUGGAUUGAAUAAGAUAUCACAAUUGCAUAGCACACUGAAAAACCCCCGUUCACCCUUGGGCCAACGCUGGCGCGACCAUUUACUCAUCUUUCCUCUGCAUUCCAUGCUUCCCUCGGCGGAGCAACAGUCUGUUUUCAAACGCGCCCCUAAUGGAAAACGAAAAGUAAUCAUAUCCACUAUUAUCGCCGAGACUUCAGUAACCAUCGACGAUGUUGUCUACGUCAUCAACACUGGGCGGACCAAAGUAACUGACUAUGAUAUUGAGACAAACAUACAAUCUCUAGAGGAGUGCUGGGUGACGCACGCAAACACGCAACAGCGCAAGGGACGCGCCGGCCGAGUGCAGCCAGGCGUAUGUUAUAAUCUGUUUAGUCGGGCACGAGAGGCUCUGAUGUCGGAAGUGCCAACUCCAGAGAUAUUGCGCUGCAAACUGGAAACGAUCAUACUUAGUCUCAAAGUGCUGCACAUAGACGAUACUUACGCAAUGUUUCAAACAAUGAUCGAUGCCCCUGCCCAGAGGACUGUGAGCACAGCUAUUAACUUACUUAAGCGGAUAGAAGCGCUUGACAUUAAUGGCAACUUGACGCCGUUGGGCAUGCAUCUAGCCAAACUCCCAAUUGAUCCGCAAGUGGGUAAAAUGAUUCUGAUAUCGGCACUUUUUCGUUGUUUGGAUCCCAUUACAUCCGUCGCAGCUGCUCUCUCCUACAAAAAUCCGUUCUAUACGCCCUUAGGUCAGGAGCGGCGGGUCGACGAGGCCAAACGCAGGAUGGCCCAAAAGAUGUACAGUGAUCAUCUAAUGAUACAUAACACUAUUUGCAACUACCGCGAAAGCGUAGGGGAGCAUCGGGAUCGCGACUUUUGCUAUAACAACUUUCUCAGUCACACGACACUUCAGCAGCUAGAACGUAUGAAGUCCCAAUUCGCUGAGUUCCUCUGUAACUACAAGUUCCUAACUUCGUCGAAUUGUUUAGACCAAUCGUCUAACAUUAAUUCAGAUAAAAUUCCCCUGAUUCGCGCUAUUAUUGGGGGCGGUCUCUAUCCCAAUAUGGCACAUUUACGAAAAGCACGUCAAGUGAAGAACCGCGUUCGCGCCAUUCACAAUAUGACGACCGACGAUGGGCGUCGCGUAAAUUUUCACCCCUCCUCCGUGAAUAGCGGAGAAACAGGAUUUGACUCAAACUACUUUGUUUACUAUCAGCGGCAGAAGUCAACCGAUCUUUAUCUGCUCGACGCUACUAUGGUGUUCCCGAUGGCACUUAUUAUUUUUGGCGAUGGCGUCGACUCUGGUGUUAUAGAUAAUAGACAUUAUCUGUCUGUAGCCAAGACCUACUAUUUUAAGUGCAGCCCAGAAACGGUUUCUGUAGUGCUGAAUUUGCGAUCAAAUUUGGGACUCUUGUUGCUUGAAAAGGCUUUGCAUCCAGCGCCCAUCGAGGAGAACAGCGAUGCUAGUAAACUAAUCAAGGCCAUUGAGCUGCUCCUUUCAAUUGACGAUAAAAUGGGAGACGACUACGAAAUCAUGUCAGAUGAGAUUGACAACAUUUAAAUUGCCGAACAAAGUCAUUCUAAUGUGAUCAAAUUAAUGUGAAAUAUACUAAUAGUUUCAUUUUAUGUAUGAUACCA